UUCUGAAACCUAAACCUAAAAUUAAUAAUGGCCGCGAACUUCCCGGCCGUUUCGGUUUUGAUCUUCUGUCUCGCCUUUGUUAGCGUCGAACGUCGUUAUUGUUUCGGUCAGUUGCUGCCGAAAUUCUACAACGUAACAUGUCCGAGUGUCGAGAAUGUCGUUUUCAGAGUCGUCAAUGAUACGUUCCAUAAGAAUGCUACGGUUGCGCCGGCUUUGAUCCGACUGUAUUUUCACGACUGCUUUAGCGGUGGAUGCGACGCUUCGCUUCUACUGGACGGUCCGAACAGCGAGAAAAAGGCGUCACCGAACCUAAGCGUACGAGGUUACGAUCUGAUCGACGCUAUCAAAACCGAACUCGAAAAGGUAUGCAGGGGAAUCGUUUCUUGCGCAGACGUCAUAGCUCUCGCUACAAGAGAUUUAGUCACAUUGGCAAGCGGAGGAAGAACAAGGUACGAGAUUCCGACGGGGAGAUUCGACAGCAGAGACCCUUCGGCGGUGGAUUUGCCGUCUCCUGCUAUGUCAGUUUCCGACACCGUCGCCAAAUUCGCGACCAGAGGGCUUAACCUUACCGAUAUGGUGUUGCUUCUUGGUGGCCAUACCAUUGGAGUGACGCAUUGUUCGUUCGUUCUUGAUCGGAUAUACAACUUCCGAAACACGGGCCGACCCGAUCCGCUCAUGGACCCGCAGCUCGUAAAAGAUUUGAAGCUCGUAUGCCCUCCGAAUUCGAAGAUCGACAAUGCCAUAAACCUCGACCAGGAUAUUUCAAGUGCGAAUAUUUUCGACGUUUCUUUUUACAAACAGAUAGAUCUCCGUCGAGGAAUCCUCGUGAUCGACCAAGCCAUCGCAGUGGACGGCCUUACGAAUAAAACGGUGACGGAAAUCGCAAACGGCAACGAUUUCUUGCCGAGGUUUGGUGAGGCUAUGGUGAAAUUGGGAUUCUUUGGAGUUAAAGGCAGACUCGACGGAGAGAUUAGGAAAUCGUGCAGUUCUCGCAACAAGCCGUCGCUCCGAUUCCCUUCGGUUCCGUAGAGAAAUGCGUGCCGUUUUUUUAAUCAUCGUAUAUUGAUUUCGUAUUUGGUCGUCGAUUUGU